AUGAACGGAAUAAAUGGUCACUUAGCUGCCCCUGCGCUCUGGCAGGAGGCGCGAAAUGCAGAUGGACGAGUUUAUUACUACAACACUAUCACGAAGGCGACGCAAUGGACCAAACCAGAAGAUUUGAUGACACCUGCAGAGCGUGCCCUAUCGAAUCAGCCAUGGAAAGAAUACACGGCCGAAGGGGGUCGGAAAUACUGGUAUAACACUGAGACGAAGCAAAGUUCAUGGGAAAUGCCAGAUGUAUACAAGGAGGCAAUGUCAAAAGAGGCCGCAUCGCCGGCAGCUGCUGCCGCACCAAUGCCAACCUUCGUCGCAGGAGGUGGCUUUUCGGCCUCCCAGUAUGAUCAGCCACGAGACAGAGAACCUUUAGGAGAAGCUCGUCAGAUUGCAUAUGGCAAUGAUGUUAAUGGAAGUCGUGCUCAAGCUUUUGUACCUGCUAACAACGAUCCCGAUUACUCUACGUUCGAAGAAGCAGAAGCUGCUUUCCUCAAGCUUUUGAAGCGAAACAAUGUUAAACCUGACCUUACAUGGGAAGAAGUUAUGCGAUCGAUUAUCAAGGAUCCUCAAUACCGAGCUCUCAAGGAUCCCAAGGACCGAAAAGCUGCGUUUGAGAAGUAUGCCGUUGAGGUUCGCCUGCAAGAAAAGGAUCGUGCAAAGGAGAGGCUUGAGAAGCUCCGUUCUGAUUUUGCUACCAUGCUGAGAAGCCACCCAGAAAUUAAACAUUACACCCGAUGGAAGACAGCUCGACCUAUCAUCGAAGGAGAGACGAUCUUCCGUUCUUCGAACGACGACGAUGAAAGGCGUCAAUUAUUCGAAAAUUAUAUCAUCGAACUCAAGAGGGCGGAUAUGACAAAGGAGGUUUCAACGAGAAAAGCCGCGAUGGACGAUCUCGUCGAUCUUUUGAAAGGAUUGAAUCUUGAACCAUAUACAAGAUGGUCAGAAGCACAAGGUAUCAUCCAGUCAAAUCCACGUUUCCAAGGUGAUGAGAAAUUUCAGACACUCAGCAAAUCGGACAUGUUGAUUGCAUUUGAGAAUCACAUCAAAUCUCUUGAGAAGACAUUCAAUGAUGUUCGACAGCAGCAGAAGACCCAAAAGUUAAGGAGAGAGCGUCAGAACCGAGAUCGCUUCACAGGUCUUUUACGAGAUCUCAAAUCUGGAAAUAAAAUUAAAGCAGGAUCAAAGUGGAGUCAAAUUCAUCCUUUGAUUGAGAAUGAUGAUAGGUACGUUGCCAUGCUAGGUCAAUCAGGGUCUACCCCUCUGGACCUCUUCUGGGAUAUGGUUGAGGAAGAGGAACGCGCAUUGCGCAGCACACGAAAUGAUGUUUUGGAUGUUCUUGAUGAUAAACGGUUUGAAAUCCAGCAAAAGACUCCGUUUGAAGAGUUCCUAGCAUUGAUGCAGAAUGAUCGACGAACUGCUAACAUUGAUCGAGACUCAUUGUUGCUAAUAUUUGAACGCUUACGCGAAAAGAUCUCUCGGAGAAAUGAAGAUGAUAAGCAUCAAGCCGAGCGCCAUCAACGCCGAGCGGUGGACAGCUUGAGAUCGUAUAUUAAGCAUCUCGAACCUCCUGUUCGCAGUAGCGAUGAAUAUGAACGAGUUUGCUCUCGUUUCGAAGGAUCCGAGGAAUACCUUGCCGUAACAACAGAUGAACUCCGACGUUCUGCUUUCGAUAAGGUAAUUCGCCGGCUUAAAGAAAAAGAGGAAGACUCCCAAAAAGAUCGAACCAAGCGUCGUGAUAGAGCUUCGGUCGAUCGUCCCACUCACAAAGAUCGCGAAAGAGAGCGAGGACACCGCUCCGGCGGUUCCACCCUUCAUGACAGACGCAGCCGAUCACCAGAACCUGAUGCAUAUGAAGCGGACAGACGAAAAGCCAUUGCAGACCGCGAGAAGAACUACCGAAAAGGCGGCAUGGCUGACACUUUACUUUCCCCAAGCCGUCGUGAUAGGCGUGAUCCUGAUGUCCACGAUCGUGAACGCGACCGUGAUAGACUAAUGCGCGAUCGUGAUCUUGAUAAGCCUCGCAGUAGACGAGAAGACUCGUUGAGUCAUUACGAGCGAGAAAGGAGAGACCGCGAAGACGAGAGAGAGAAGCUCUACAGAAGACGUGGGGAUCCUCGAGGUAGCAUCGAUGAGUUGCCUUACGGCGAUGAAAGAUCCAGUGGACCCAGAAAGAGAAGAGAAAGUGAAGCGGACACUCGCAGGGAUAGUAAGAGAACCAGGAGAGAAAACACACCUAAACAACGUGAGCGCUCCCCAGUUCCCCCACGUGAACGGCGUCACAGGACUAGGACACCACCUGCUGCGAAAAUACCCGCCAAGGAAGAGCUUGCUCUCCAUUCGGGUAGCGAAGAAGGCGAGAUCGAGGAAGAAUAG